UCAUAAAUACAUAUAAAUAUUAUGUAUAAUAUAAACAUCAAAUUACAUUUUCAUCAUUGUGUUUAACAGUAUUAGUUGCGUUUAUCAAACAAAAUAUGUGUUGUGAAUUAAUUUACAAGUCAUAUUUAUUCAAUCUAAAGAUGACUUGCCAUCGAAAGGUGUUAGGCGGGAGCGGCCGGGCGGGUCAGUUGACGUCUGGCGGGCAGGGCGGCCGGUCACGUCCAGGGGUCCUCCCUCGCCUUUACUCCCUCCUGCCUCAUACCCUCACACACACACACAUAUAUAUAUCCCUGCAUCAUCAUUCCUCCUCAACAGUAGUGAUGAGGGCGAACGCUGUGUACGUCCGUCGCCGUCAGGAGCGACAACCACUGAGCGUACUCUCAUUCCUUCCAUCUGACAGCGAGUCUGUCACCUGUAACGAAAUGAGCAGUUGCCAAACAACCUUUCUAGAAAGCCGCUCCGACUGGGAGAAUGACACACAGCAGCAGUCUGCAUGCAAGGUGCCGCGGCUGGAGAAGAAUGCUACCAAAUCUGAGCAGACUAAAGAGGCAGCCACAGAAACUACCGCUCCAGCCCGUCCAACAAUGGUCAUUUUCCAGGAAGUUUUUAAUAUCAUUAGGAAUAAAUUGACUACUCCAAAAACACAGCUGCCCACUUCAUUAUCACAACCAACUGCCCCUAUGCCUAUUCCUUUACGUAAAAUGUUCCUAUUUGGACAAGAUGGAAAAAAACUUCCAGUGCAUGAUGAUGCAUCAGCUGAUAAAGAGAACAUUCCUCCAGUCGCUUCUAACAUACCAACAGCAGUUUCCAUGCUAGGAACGUUCCGACAAGAGGCCAGGUUGAAACAGAACAGACAGUUUCUUUCGUCACCACUAGAGUUGAGGUGCCUCACCCAUACACAUGGAGAAAACCAGCCAUUUCCAGGGAUUCUCAAGCCUCGCCACAAAACUCUGAGCCAGAAAGAUGAUUCAGCGGAGUGUGUUAGGAUUAUCAGCCACAAUCACAGUCAUAAGAAUGUGUUCAAGGAAGGAACGCCUAUCACCAGCAGUAACGAGAAAAGGAAACCAAUUUACCGACGCAGUCGUCGAGAUGACAACACUCCCGGCAACGUAUUAGUCUCACGGAAGCACCUGAACUGCUUUUUUCAACUUGUGGAGGACCCAGUUGUGAGAAAGUUUUUAAAAACUGACAUUUGCCGCCGCUAUGCUGACAAGUACCUGUUGGCUAUGGUGUUCACCUACUUUGUACGUGCUGAUCUGAAGUCUCAUCAGUAUUCUAGGAAGAACUUCUUUGCUGCUUUGUAUCUUGCACAUGAUAUGGAGGAAGAUGAGGAAGAGUUAAAGUAUGAAGUUUUACCCUGGACACUUGGUCAUGCAUGGCGAAAAACAUACACAUCUCUAUUACGAAUACGUGAUGAUAUUUUCUGGGCUAUUGGCUGUCGUGCCGUUGUUUCCAAGAGGUGCUGUGACCAGGUGAUGGGGAUGCAGCCAGAUCACUGGUUGUGGGAGCGUGAAAGGCCGGUGUACCACGGAGGUGCACACCGAGAGUAUCUCAAGCACCCUGAUGAUAAUGGUCAUCCUCGUGGUCCGGACAAAUCACCUCUACAGUGUCGCAAGUGUCUGGAACGUGAAUGCAGAAAUUCUGAAAGUUCAUAUCUCCUCUAUUUGUCUGAGUCUGAAACAAGUACAGACUCACUGUGUGUAGAUGGAGGUAAAACAGUGGUGCACAAGGAGAGAGAUUCUGGCUUUGAGACAUUUCUGUGUCCACCAUCUGAUACCAGCAUUAACUCUCCUCCUCCAGUAUCUAUGAACUGUGACAAAAUGGACACAAGAAUAGAUAUAUUAAAUGAUACUAAGCAUCACAAUGGAAAUAUGAAAUUAACUCAUUUCAGUUACACUGAAGGAAGCAUUACACAAACUCACACAAGCUCUGAAUCUUCACCUUAUGAUGUCUUGGAAAAUGACUAUCUGGAAUUACCAGGAAAAAAACCAAUUGAGAUACUGGAAGAAGUUGCAUCCUCUCAAGCUGACACCAUAUUUACUUCACAAAUACAAUUACCAUCCCCUUUAUUAUAAGACUUUUUCAUGACCUCUAUUAAGAAUUGAAGAUGUCUGCAUUAUAGUGAAUUGGGAAUUGACAUAAAAUUCUACAUAUUUAUCUUGUACAUAUCUGAUACUGUACUGUGGAAUAGAAAGUAAUAUGCACAGGAUGGGAAACUAUGUUCUUUCAAGUAGACUACUUCAGUAUAAUCAGGUGUACCAAUAUUGAAGUUUUCAUAAUGACUACAACAAAAUGUUAUUUUGUUUUGUUUACUUGACUAUAGUUUAUUGAUGUUAUUGGUGAAUUAUUUGUAUAAUCAUAUUUAUCAUGAGUGACAGUAGGCAUUACCUUAUAAACUGUGUGUAUAGUAUUCGACUUCAUUGUAAAUAUUUUGAAAGGAUAUUAUUUAUAUAAAAUGUAAUCAUUUAAUUCAAAUGUAUGAUUAUCUUGAACCAUAAAUUUAUUUAUUUUUAAAUAAUUUAUCAAUUUAUUUCUCGUCCAUAAAUUCAGUGACUGAUGAACAAUAGUAAUUUGUAAAUUAUACAGAUAAAUCACGCAUCAAAAUACAGUACUCUUUAUUUAGGAAAUUACUUUUAUUCAUAUAUAUUUAUUUAUUUUUUUACAGAUACGUGCGCACACAUUCAUAUUCGUUCAUUCAUUCAUUCUCAUGUACAAUACAUAAUUUAUCUUGAAAGUGUUAAUCAUAUAAAUUUAAAUGCAAAUUUUUUGUUAGUCUUUAUAGAUCAUACCUAUUUGCAUAGCAUUUUCUGUUUUAAAAUGCUUCAUUAUUUUCAUUAAACCAAAUGUGGAUAGGCUGUAUGAACUCUAGUAAUGUACACUCAAAUUAAAUACGUACAUCAUGCAUAGUCCUGUUUUGCUGCUGGAAUUUGUAAGGCUAAACAAAAUAAUGGAGCUCUUAAUAUUAAAAAGGAAGAAAAAAGGGUAAAAAUAAUCUUCAAUGACUGGAUUAUGUGCACUGAGUGUGUUUUGUAAACAAAAAUAAAUAAAUGAAAGUAUGUUUUACCUGACAAAUCUGCUUAAUGCAUUUGUAAAUAAUGAAGAAUCUCUUUACAAUUAAAGGGUUUGAAGGCUUUAUUCACUUCAUUUUACUUAAGUUUGGCAGAUGUGUAUAACGAAGACGUUUGUUAUUAUAUACGGUAACUGUUCCCUAGACAGAACAUCAUUAAUGACGCAGGAUACCUACCACUAGAGUGCCUGCGAGUAACAAAACAACUGCCAUUUCCCAAGGUAAUAAAAGCAUUAGUAGUAGGCAUCCAUCAGUCUCGGGAGACUAUGGAGUUGCGCUCUGGUUGUCGGUCUAGAGCGGCCUCACCAGGGCGCAAAGCCAGGGUAGGUUGAUACGGGGG